UACCAACCAUACCGGACCCAGCAAACUGCACCCGAGCCACAGGAAGUGGCCGUAUGUGGGUCGGGUGGCCUGACUUCGGAGCCGCUCGGGUCGAGUUCGGCUUUGCUCGGUUUGUUUUCAUCCCGCCUCCACCGGAGCGGAGCGAGAUGAGAACCGGAUCCCGCGGCGUUUGGGUGCUUUGGUGUUGGACAGGCGGGACCGGACGGACCGGGAGCAGCGAGCCGGUGGCAGAACGGACCUGGAGCCGGAACCGACCCGGAUAUCAGCGGUGUUUACCGGAGGGAUCAGAGCGGAGAGGCCCCGGAGAGAUACCGGGCGGUGCGUCGCAGCGGAGCCGGGCUGUGGUGGACUGCUGGCGGCUGCAGGAUCUGAUCUGAGCCGCUGACUCAGAGACAUGUACCAGGUCCAGGGCAAAGGGGACGGGGUCGUUGCCAUGGUGCUGAAGGAGCUUCCUGGUAAAAAGGCAUCCUCAGAAGGAAACCCCCUCCUCACCGUGACAACCAAGCUGGUCCGUGAGCAGCAGGAGAGUCGACCUCUGCUGAGUCCCUCCAUCGAUGACUUCCUGUCGGAGAGCCGGAGCGACGCUCCCUCCACCCGACCCCUCACCUCCAACACAGCAGUUCUGUCCACGGCUCUGGACCUGGUGGACCUGAGCGAGCCGGGGGAGAGCAGCGGGGGCAGUAAUGGUGGCAGCAGUGGCAGCAGCAACAAGGAGCAGAGGAGGAGCCCUCUGAGGAGGAAGGCCAGCUCCAGGAGCCCUCGGCGCCGGACAAGACCUGAUGAGACGGAGCUGAUCCAAGUGGAGGUGGAACACCUGCCUGCCAGUCCCAGAACCCCUGAGAGGAUCUCACUGGACUCAGUCAGUCUGUCGUCUCCGCUGGACAAAUGGGACGAUGUGAACCUGGACGUGGAGGACGGAGGACGCAGGAGACACGAGAAGAGAUGCACCUCCCACCACUCCUCCAGUGAACUGCUGUGGUCUGCAGAGUUUAAAACUGAUCCUCUGACUAAGAACUCCUUUGACAUCCACAGCUUCGAUGACCUCGACUUCGUCUCGUCAUCACAGGACUGCGGGGCUUCCAGACAGCGCAGACGGACUCGUUCCCUGUUGGCCAGAAAAGAGUCUCUGGAGGACGAGUUUGUCAGAGCGAAGGCUGCUGUUGAGUCGGACACAGAGUUCUGGGACAAGAUGCAGGCUGAGUGGGAGGAGCUGGCUCGGAGGAACUGGCUGGAGGAGUCUGAGGAUCAGGGUCCGAUCCCGCCCACCGUCUCACCUGCUGAAAAGGGUUACUACUUCAGCACCAACAACCCGUACAGAGAGUGGCCCAACGCCUUCGCUGAGGGUCAGGAGAAAGCUCGAGAGGGAGACCUGAACGCUGCCGUGCUGCUGCUGGAGGCCGCCAUCUUACAGGACCCGCAGGACUCUGAGGCCUGGCAGCUUUUAGGAAUGACUCAGGCUGAGAACGAGAACGAACAGGCUGCCAUCGUGUCGCUGCAGAGGUGUCUGGAGCUCCGACCCAACAACCUGCCGGCCCUCAUGGCGCUCGCCGUCAGCUUCACCAACAGUGGCAUGCAGCGGGAGGCCUGUGAUGCUCUGCGCCGCUGGAUCUGCCACAACCCCCGAUACAAACACCUGAUCCUGGACCACAGGAGCCCGCUACAGGGUUCCCCGGCCACGCCACGCAGGGGCCCACACACACCUGUCAGGUGUGAGCUGCAGGAUGUCCUGCUUCUCUUCCAGGAUGCGGCUCUGCUGAAUGUGGACUGUGUGGAUCCGGACCUGCAGACCGGACUGGGAGUCCUCUUCAACCUGAGCUCAGACUUCAACAAGGCUGUGGAGGCGUUUACUGCAGCGCUGUCCGUCAGACCACAGGACUACCUGCUGUGGAACCGUCUGGGCGCCACGCUGGCGAACGGGGACCGCAGCGAGGAGGCGGUGGAAGCGUACACCAGAGCUCUGGAGCUGCAGCCCGGAUUCAUCCGGUCCAGAUACAACCUGGGGAUCAGCUGCAUCAACCUGGGAGCUCACAGGGAGGCGGUCAGUAACUUCCUGACGGCUCUGAACCAGCAGAGGCGGAGUCAGCGCUGCAGUCACCAGCAAAUGUCGGCCAACAUCUGGGCGGCCCUGCGGAUCGCCAUCUCCAUGAUGGACCGACCCGAGCUGUUCCAGGCCGCCAACCUCGGGGACCUGGACCUGCUGAUGAGGGCCUUCGACGUGGGCGAUGUGUGACGAUGGACGAGGCUCCCGGCUGGACUGAAGGUGGUCUGAAGGGGUUUAGUUCAGAGGAUUGUCUCCCAGAGACGGAGUCUGGCGGACUGAAACCAAAGAGACGAUGAUGUGAAGUCCUUGGCAAUAUAAACAGCACAACCCAGUAGCUUCCUGUCAGAACACGUUUAGAAUCAGCCCUCAGGACGGUGUUUUCACUUUAUUCGGCCAUACAGCUGCAAGAAUCUGAGAUCAUAAAGUCUUGAUUUAAAGAGUAACUUUAACCACACCCACAUGUGAUGUCACAGCGUGCUAACACACUGCAGUACAUCACUGUGGCAGGCAGGGGUCAGCAGGGAGAGACUUAAAGAUCUCUGUCCUUACUUAUUGUUUACAUAUGAAGCUUCUGCUGUUCAGACAGGCUCCUCCUCCACGUGCCCUGUCGUCAUGACGCCCUCAGCAUUAUGUUCAUUUACACAACAACAGAGUCAGAAACUCAAGGAAUCUGUAUUUAAUCAAUUCCUGCAGAAAAGUUUCACAUUAAAAGUCCUCCAAAACUGCAAGGGUGUAACUCUUCUCUCUCCUGGUCGGCUUUUAAUAUGAAACGUCUUCAUGACGUGUUGAGUUUAAGUGACAUCAGAUCAACAACAACUAAAGAUCGCAGAAGCAACUGGGAUUAUUUAGUGGAUCAGAUUUUUUUUUCUUUCUUCUUUAUAUAUUAUAUUUAUACUCAGAGGUCAUCUGUCUGCCGACUGUCCAGAGCUGGAGAGUGUCAUCUGCAUGUGAUCACAAACACAAAGUUGAUAAGAUGAUGUUAAUAAAGCCGAGCGUAAAGAGUUACUGACACUCUGAGACCGGACUCGCAGACCGGACUCGCAGACCGGACUCUAGAGUUCUGGUGGGUUCAGUGACUCUGUUGUUGUGUUGAUGGAACUAAUGUUGUGACGUUGUGCUGGAUGUGACAGCUGAUCACAGCAGUGUGAAGCUGACGGAUCUGAGAACGUACAGUCAUCAUCAUCGUACGGAGGCCCUGAGGGGCCAGUUAGGAAACUGUUUCUGAGUCUGAUCUAAACUGUUUCCUGUCUGGUGUUCAUGACCUGAUCGGGAUAAUCUAAUCUAACCUUAUUACAUUUUGUCAGUUGUGAAGACACGAGAAAAAAAUAAUCAUGAGGAUUUUAUUUUGUUGAGGUGCAAAGUCAUUUUUUAUCAUCUGUGAAACCGAGUGACAGUUUAUUUUCAAGAAUGAAAAUAUGAGUUUUUUUAUUGUAGGUUUUUUCAUUUUUUCUACCGUGUGAAAACAUGCAGUAAAAGAAAUUCUUAAGAUUUA